AUGGAAUCGCUGCUGUCGUGGGUUGCCAACGAGGAAAAUCUUACCCGAAUCGCUGAGGGUAAAACUAAAGUGAUCUAUAAAAUCAAAGGGAAUGAGGAGUUUGUGCUGAUCCGCUCGAAAGAUCAACUGACAGCCUUUAAUGCGGCUCGCAAAAAUGACUUGGAGGGCAAAGCGGCAAUCGCCAAUAAGACCACCGUGAAUGUUUUUAAACUUCUGAAAGAGAUAGGCAUUGUAACCCAUUUUGUCACAGCUGCAAGCAAUUGCGAAUUUAUUGCCAGGCAAUGUAAAAUGAUUCCCAUUGAAUGGGUGGCCAGACGUAUAGCCACUGGAUCGUUCCUCAAGCGAAACCCUGGCGUUCCAGAGGGAUAUCGGUUCAGCGAGCCAAAGAUUGAGACUUUCUACAAGGAUGACGCCAACGACGAUCCACAGUACUCCGAUGAGCAGAUUUUGUGCUCCAACUUCGAAUUCAAUGGAGUGAAAAUUGGCAAACCUGAGAUCAACUUGAUGAAACGCAUGACGUCAGUGAUUUUCAAGGUGCUUGAGAGAUGCUGGGCAAGGCAUACCUGCUCUCUGGUUGAUAUGAAAGUUGAAUACGGUGUUACUUCGAAAGGCGAAAUUGUGCUAGCAGAUGUGAUCGAUAACGAUUCGUGGAGAGUUUGGCCACUUGGCGAUCGUCGUCUUCAACUCGACAAGCAAGUCUACAGCCCUGCGUUCCAGGUAAUGGAGACGACCUUUCUUUUUUCAACCCCACCGCGUUGUCGCGCCCUGAUCAUCAUGGGAUCACCGACUGAUCAAGCGCACUGCGAGAAAAUCGCAAUGGGAUGUCGAUCGCUCGGAAUCACGCCCAUUCUUCGUGUCAGCUCCGCCCACAAGACAACAUGUGAAACGCUGGACAUCGUCGCAGAAUAUGAUGACGAUGAGACUCCCACAAUAAUCAUCGCCGUUGCAGGACGAUCAAACGGCUUGGGACCGGUGCUUGCUGGGAAUUUCACUUUACCUGUAAUCAACUGCCCACCUUUAACCGAUGACAAUAUGACGAACGAUAUCUGGUCAUCAUUGAGAAUGCCUUCCGGAUUGGGAUGUUCAACUGUUCUUGGAGCAGAUGAAGCGGCCUUAUGUGCUGCUAAGCAAAUGGCUCGGUAUGAUCACAUGGUAUUCGGCAGGAUCCUUGCAAUGCAGCUGAACAAUGCUAUUAAACUUUUGAAAGCUGACAAGAGUGGCGUCUGA